GCAAAGACCACACUGUUUCGCUCCAGAAACUAUUUUCUGAAUUAAAUCGAAGGUGUGACUUUAUGCGCUACUACUUCUCUAUUCCUAAAACAAUCGAGCGCCUUCUGGACCAGUUAAUAGUCACCUACUCAGUUACAGUAUAAAUAUUCCCAUCAUGGAGUUGAUAGGCACAACAGUCAACGAUCUACACGGAUUUGAAACACAGAUUAUUCUGAUAAAUUUGAGCACUUCGUCAACAAAAUGGUUUCCCUGCAAGCAGUGCUUUUCUGCAUCUUCGUUUCCGUUUCCAGCUGUGCUGCUCAGAUGUUCGGAUUGGGAGGCUACGGUGGAGGCAUAGGAGGAGGAGCCGGAAUGAUGGGUGGAGGAAUUGGAUCAUUAGGUGGAGGAGCUGGCAUGAUCGGCGGUGGAAGUGGAAUGAUGGGCGGAGGAGCUGGAUUAAUGAGCGGAAGAGGCAUCGGCAUGGGCAUGAUGGGAGGAAGAGGCUACAGCAUGGGCAUGAUGGGAGGAAGAGGCCUUGGCAUGAUGGGUGGAAGAGGCAUUGGCAUGAUGGGCGGAGGAUAUGGUGGCAUGGGUAUGGGUGGUGGAUUCAUGGGACCCAUGCUUGGAGGAGGUUUAGGUCUUGGAUACGGAGGUUUCAUGCGCUGAUAAAUAAAGAAGAUGAAAACAGAACUUGUACUUAAUACUGCAAUGAAAAUGUAAUAAAGCUAUAUUUUUAUUAUAAAUGUCGUAUUUAUUUACAUUUAUUACAGUAUAUAAGUUUUAUUUCAUGCUUUAAAGUUAGGUGUCUCCAAUGUAACAGUUUAUGAAAAAUGCAACGAUUAUACACACACAUUUAACUUUUUAUAAAUAUGUCAUAGGGAAAGAAAGAAAUAUUAACGUAA